GUGCAAGCAUUACUGCACCAUACAUAGAUGGGGAGACUCACUGGGGCGCUCGGUGAGCAUGCACGGUAUUAAACAGCGGGUACGUGGUUCAGAUUCCUGGCGUGACUAUGACCGAUCUCUGCUCGCUAGCUAGCCGGUUAAUCGCAGGCCAUGGGCCCGUCUCAUUUACUGCGUUCUCGCAGCCCUGAUAUGUGCACCGAACACCGGCGAUCCGCCUCGUCAUUGUGCAGCGUAUGCAGUGUAACUGAAAUGUCCCCGUAUAAAUGAAAGAUACCGCUACAAAGGGCCCAGACAGUAGCGAAAGCGAAGACCGGGAGCCCAUUGCGGAGGGUAAAUUUAGUGGGAUCGCAGAUCAGUUAUAAGGGGCUCAAACUGCCCUUUAAAAGAAGAUGGGGGUUAUGGGAUCUGCACUUUGCAUGAAAUGGAGAACCUGGUGAGAGAGUGUGAUCCAGGAAGAGUGAGCGGACAGGAGUGCGGCCGUGGGGCUGGAGGGGACGAUGGGGUUGUCGAAACGCAGUCUGAUGGGUGUGUUACACCGGAAAUGAAUGCACUGACCCCCGAAGGAGUGAUGUCAGAAGACACGGAACAAGAGCCCAACCAGGAUUUGAUCCAGGACAUGGAGCUCAUCCAGAGCCAGCCAUCCAGCCCUGGAGACCCGGAAUACGGAACCGACCUCGAAGAUUCCGAUUCUGCUGAGGAGAACGGUGAUGACGAGGGGCAGGAUAUCAAUGCCGAGAACAUGCAGCUCAGCAUCAUCAAGUGCGAGUUUAACGAGAGACUGGUGGACGAGCACGCAAACCCAGAGGGCGCCGAUUACGAGGGUGAGAGCUCAGCCGAGCUCAGUGAGCAAGCGGGAGAUCUGAAGGAGGAGUCUGCCAUCCAUCUGGACGUGGAGGAGACCCGCGGGCACAUCUGCCCCCACUGUGGGAGGUUCUUCAGACGCGCGGCGAACCUCAUGAAACACUACGAGACUCACGAGGAGAACGACCCCGCGUCGUGCAGCUAUAUUUGCGUUGACUGUGGGAAGAGCUUUCCCCAGGCAAGCAAGCUGAGGAGGCACCAGCACGUCCACGCCGCCGACAAGACCUACCCCUGCACGGACUGCGAGAAGACCUUCAAGAACCCGAGCCACCUCAAGUCCCACCGACGAGUCCACAUGGAACUGAGACCUUACAGCUGCCCGCAGUGCGGCAAGACCUUCAGGACGGCGGUGAUUUUAAGGAGCCACCAGCAGAUACACUCGUCGGAGAAACCGUACAGCUGCACCCACUGUGACAAGAGCUUCACCCGCAAGUCGUACCUGAGGACGCACCUCCGAAUUCAUUCCGACGAGAAUCCGUUCAAGUGCGCCCAGUGCGGAAAGGCUUUUCCUUACGGACCCAAACUGGAGAUUCACCUGCGGAUUCACACGGGCGAGAAGCCCUUCAAGUGCGCCCAGUGUGGUAGGAGUUUCGCCCAAUCCGGCGACCUCAAGUCGCACCAGCGGACUCACUCGGGCGAGAGGCCGUACGGGUGCCACGAGUGCGGCAAGCGCUUCUCCUUCGCCUGUAACCUAAAGACGCACCUGAGGAUCCAUUCGGGAGAGAAGCCGUACACCUGCUCCUUCUGCGGGAAGAGCUUCAGCGACGCCUCCCAUUUCCGGAAGCAUCAGCAGCAGCACUCGGGCGACAAGCCGGUCAUCUGCGAGGUGUGCGGAAAGAGCUUCUCCGACGUGGCCAAAUUUAACAAUCACAAGAGGGUGCACUCCGGAGAGAAGCCGUUCACCUGCAGCCAGUGCGGCAUGAGCUUCGCCCAGCAGUCGGACCUCGGAAGACACCGGAAAACGCACACGGGAGAACGGCUGCACCACUGUGCUCAGUGCGGGAAGAGCUACGCCCGGGCAUCGGGACUGAAGAUGCACCAGCGGAUUCACGCAGAGACAGAGCUGGGAGUUGGCCAUCUUGCACCCAGAAAGAAACUGGACUAUUUAAACUGACACCAUUUGAAACUGAGGCUGCCUACCCCAAUUAGGAGGUAUGCUGGAGAAGAUUGCAUAAUGUGCAAGGAAAUAAAUGAUUAAAAUCAAAUAGGUAAGUAUUUGUGUUCAUGGGACCUGCAUGGUUACGUUUAAUCUGUGUUAAGGGAUCACGGUCACAUGCUCUUCGUGGUGGCCGAUAAUCUUGAUUUUAAACACUACAUGAUUGGAUUUACCCCAAACACAGCUGUUGUGUAACACUGCGUUUAGUGCAAGGAUGCAAAGUGUGUCUUUAUUCAGCAUUAAUGACAUAUUUGGUUCCUGACCCAUAUCGGUACUUUCUGGUGAAACACGGAUCGGUACCUAUAACAGCAGCCUGUUGAAAUGUGUGUCGGCAGAAAAAUAUUCCCUUUCCUGUAUAUUUAGCCCACAGAUGUUCAGUUUUUACAUUUUUGUAUUAUGUAAUGUCUAGAAAUUUGUAGUUUUUUGUUACGUACAUAUAUAUAUAUAUAAAUAUAUAAUAGAUUGUGUAUUUACACUGCAGAUUUUCAUUACAUUUCACCAAAAGAGAUGUACAACUGUUAGGUACAUUUUUUGAAAGUCUUGAACACAAUGACAAAAGUAUGAUUUAAUACCUAAGGUUAAAUGUCACAAAUGCCUGUAUAUAUUUUUUUGGGAGUUUUUCAUUUGCAGGUAAUCAGUUUCAGAAAAAGAUGGUGUUCUCAGCAAAAAAUAUUUUUUUAUGUUUAAUGUAAAACAAAACAAAAAAGUAAGUUCCCUUCGUCAUUUAUGUCUUCGGGAAGUUUCGCGGGGCAGAGCGGUGACCGGGCGGGUCACAGUGUAGCGUCACACCUUCAGGGUUGGGGGGCUUCGAUCCCAGCCUUGGUUGUGUGUGUGUGUGUGUGCGCAUGUGUGUGUGUGAGAGAGAGUGAGUGUGAGAGAGAGAGAUAUGUUGACAUUCUCUCUGGAUGGAUGGAAAAGUAAAUUUCCUUACUUUUCUGUUCACAAAUUGGCAAAUGAUAUACCUCAGCAGUAAAUCCCAUCAGGGGUACCUGGUGGCUCAGUGGGUGGCACUGGGGCUGGAAUCCCGACGCUGGUGUGUCGCUGCAGUUUGCCCCUCCACCCCACGUAGCACAGGUUACCUCUGGGUGCUUCAGUUUCCUCCCACACUCCAAAGACAUGCACUUAGGCAAAUUAGCAUCCUGACAUCGCCCAUGCUGUGGGACCAUGUUUGUCAACCUGCUGUGUGUUGGACUGGCAUCCCGUCCAGAAUUUGUUCCUGCAUUGUGCAUUAUGCUGCCAGGGAAAGGUUCCAGGCCCCCAACACAAUCCUCUAGUGGACAAGCCGUUGGAAAAUUGAUGAUGGAAAAAAAAAAUCCCCAUUAAUAAAUGGUAUUGUCAAUUUAGGGAACUGUGUUGUUGGUGUCCAAUAAUUUCUUGCUUCCUAGGGCUGUGCGACAAGGGUCACGCGCUCGCCAUAUAGAGAAUAUUCAACAAAAGAAAUGUGUAUUUGCCACUAGUUAGGCAUUCCAAGAAGCAAACGCUAUACACUUAACUGCUGGGACAGCAACUACCCGGCCGUGUCGAAAGCACGAGUUAAUCCCCCGAGACGGAUCCAGCGAGGACAUGUUGAAAUUUCCGGAACGAUGAUUUCGCAAAAAGAAACUUACCGGUAACACUUACUGCAGGUGUGUGAAUAUUUAUUAGAAAAAAAAAGAGGACUAUGA